AUGGUCAAAGACAACGAAACCGUGAUUGAGGAGUUCAACGAGCUGGUCAACAUGUCGGCAGACGAACUACAAGACUGGCUUGGCAGCGAUGAAUCCGCUGGAGCCGGCUGGUCCAAAGACAACGGCUCCGGCGAGACAGUCGGCCACGAUUCGGGUCGUAAAAUCGUUGCUAUACUGCAGAAUAAUCCGCAGAAGGACGCGGAUAAGUAUGAACAAGAAGACAUUGACCACAUGCGCAAGGUGGUAGCAUACUGCAAGAGGCAUCUUGCGCAAGAGGACAAGGCGAAGAAGGACACGGAUAGCAAGAGCUACAAGAGCUUGAAAAACUGGGGUCACGACGCCCAGAAGGCUUGA